AGUCAGUGCGUCGAUAUAUAUGUCUGCUUAUUUUUCGUUAUAAAAUGGUAUUUUUGAUUAAUUCAGCCGGCAGAACGUGUUUUAUUCUUUUUAUGUUAGUUUAGAGUGACAAGCGUUACAAAUUAAGAUGUUACUAACCUCAUCCUGGAUUAUUGACUCGGCGAUAAUUUUAUCAACUUUAACUUAUCUAUUCUAUAAAUAUGUUACAAGAAAUUUCGACUACUGGAAAAAGCAGGGCGUGUUUUAUUUUGAACCAACUCCAUUCGUUGGAAACUUCGCUGAUGUUGUUACUAUGAAAAAAACAGUCGCUGAAACUCUCAAAACCCUUUACGACAAAACUGACGAACCAUACUUCGGAGUUUUUGCUUUCGAUGAGCCCAUUUUAGUAAUAAAGUCACCUGAGUUACUAAAACUCAUCUUGAUUAAAGACUUCACUUACUUCAGACAGCGCACGAUUGCUGAAGGAAGUCAUAGUAAGUUAAUUUCAAACUGGUUAUUUUUCCAAAGGUACUCAGCAUGGAAAAAAACUCGUUCUAAACUGUCCCCGAUAUUUACUUCCGGCAAACUCAAAAAUAUGUUACAUUCUGUUAGCGAUACUUCCGAAUUAUUCGGACAUUACUUAAACGAUCAUUUGGGAGUUUUAGAAGCAAAAGAACUUUGUGUAAAAUUCACAACAGACAGCAUUGUGAAAUGCUUUUUUGGUAUCAAUGGAAAAUGCCUCGAAGAGGGUCACAGUGAUUUGAACGCAAUCAGUGAAAGAGUUUCCGAAAUAAGUAUCAGAAAUAGUAUCAUUCAGUUCUUGUAUAUGUUCAAGCCUUUUUUGGUGGACUUGUUCAGGUUGGAUUUUCUGAAGAAAUCGGACCUUGAUUAUCUUCUGAAAGCUUUCGAAACCAGCUUCAACAGUAGGAAGGCACAAAAAAAUGGAAUCAAAGGGAAAGUCGUGGAUUAUAUUGAUUUGAUGUUGGAAAGUGAAGAUACUAAUGGCACUUCAACGUCUGAGUAUGAAUCAGAUCAUUACAUGGCCAUGGCAAAUACUAUUCAGUUUUAUCUAGCAGGCGUAGAAACAAGUGCUGGUUCAUUAUCGUUUACCUUUUACGAAUGGGCAAUGAAUCCAGAUAUACAAGAAAAAGCUCGAGACGAAGUAUUUGAUAUGUUUAAAAAACACGGUAAAAUAACUUAUGAAAGUAUACAAGAAAUGGAAUAUAUUGACAUGUGCUUAGCAGAAACUGGAAGAAAGUACACACUUUUCCAAAUACUCGACAGAAAAGCAGAAAACGACUACAAGGUUCCUGACACAGGUUUAAUAAUAAAAAAAGGAACCAAGAUUUUUAUUCCGUAUUAUGCUUUCCAUAUGGACGAAAAAUAUUUUCCAGAACCUCAAAAGUAUAUCCCAGAAAGGUUCUUGGAUAAAACUGUUAAUGCCGAUGGUAUUUAUUACAUGCCUUUUGGGGAAGGACCAAGAAGUUGUUUGGGAGAACGCUUUGCCCAGAUGAGUAUGAAAAUAUUUCUAGCUACGUUUUUGAGAUCAUUCAAAGUUGAACCCUGUGAUAAGACUCCUAGUGAAAUAACAUUUAACCCAAACAGUUUUGCUAUGAUAUCAAAAGAUGGAAUUAAUCUUAGAUUUAAACGUCUUGAUGAAAAUUAAAAUUUCCCUUUUUUUAGGAG